AAUAAUAAAUAAGCGCCAUCGUCUCAGCGAAACCUGCGAGGCUUACGGUGCUGAACUAAGAAACAGGGAGGACACGCGGAACACGGGAGCGACGCUUCCACACAGAUGCGCCCUCCUGCGGAGACUUGUUGAGAGGAUGGAGGAGCUGCGGGUGGAGGUGGAUCAAUGAGGUGGAUGCUCAGCAGCGGUCCCACCAUCACAUCCAUCCCCCCACAGCAGAUAAGUGAGUCAACAUGGCCGCGGAGCUGCUCCAUCUGUAGCUCCUCUGAGACACGGAACUCAACAACACGCAGAUGGCGUUCAUGUCCCGGUUCUCUCGGUCCCGGAGCAGCUCCAGGUCUCCAAGCCGAAAAGACCCGGAGCGCGUCACCCCGAACCUGAGCGUGUCUGAGCUGGAGCGGCUGCUGUACACGGGCAAGACGGCCUGUAACCACGCGGACGAAGUGUGGCCACGACUCUACAUCGGAGACCAAGAUAUCGCAUCAGAUCGGCGUGAGCUGGCUAAGCUCGGCAUCACGCACAUCCUCAACUGUGCCCAGAGUAAGUGGCGUGGCGGAGCCGAGUAUUACGCCGGGAUGAACAUCACCUAUCACGGCAUCGAGGCCCACGACUCCCCCACCUUCGACAUGACCGUCAACUUCUAUCCGGCGGCAGAGUUCAUCCACAAAGCCCUGACAAUUGGAGGUAAGGUGCUGGUCCACUGCACUGUGGGAGUGAGCCGCUCAGCCACUCUGGUGCUGGCCUACUUGAUGAUCAGACAGAACCUGACCCUGGUGGAGGCCAUCAAAACAGUGAAGGACCACCGUGGCGUCAUCCCCAACCGAGGCUUCCUGCGCCAGCUCAACGGCCUCGACGGCAUCCUGAGAGACAGCCGCAAGACGUCGCUGCCGAGCUGAAAAUCAUUGAAUAAACGGUGUGAUCGUAGGUAGCAGCACGCCUGGUUACACUGACGGAGAUAAUGGGACCAAGUCAGGAGCAGCCUGUGGGUUCCAUACACCGUGGCUCUGGGAGGCAGCAGGUGAUCUGAGAAUUUAUCUGAUAUUAGUAACGUCAGACUCAUUCAUUAUUAUAACUGGUCAAUGUUGAAUCAAACAACACGAGCACUGGAUAGUUAGUGUUGAGUCAAGUCCAUAAUGCCAAACAGCACCAUUACCCCAAUGAAACAUUUAUUAAAAUCAAGUCUAGUCAGUGUUAUUGAUCAGAAGUCCUUACAACACAUGAUAACCAGCCCUGGCCUCAAUGCAUGGUCACACCAAAACAGCAGAAUUUCACAGCUAAUCUAAAUAAGAAUUUUUAAAAUGUGUUGUCCACAAGAAAGCCAUUUUUGCGGAGCUGUUGAAGGAACGUAGAUCCGGAGAGUCCAAAAUGGAGGCAGCUACUGCAGCUUACAAGCAGCGUGUUACCAUCCAGUUUGAUUUAACCUACUCUGUAAAGCUGUUUUUUACACAUGUCGCGUGUCAGAAUGUAAGCCGUUAUUAACUGCUAGCCCCACAAACAGUCACUACACAAUCAAACCUCUAGAGCUACACAUUUUCGGGAAUUCAGCUGUAAUGCGUUCUGAUGUGACCAUGGCCAGACUCCAGGGGAAGAAAUUUCAGAAGAGCAACAGGGCAGGACUCAUUCUUCUGGGACAGAUAUAUGAAAUCAUACAAAGAGGACAGGAACUCUCACAAGAUAAAUCUGAAUGGUCACAUGAUCUUUUAUAAACUGAAAUAAAAUCUUCAGAAUAUUUAAAAGCUUCUAAAAGCUAUUAAAAAUGAUCAAGGCAUUAGAGGGGUGUAACACUCAAACCAAUGUGAAUCCAGCCAGGAUUUCUGUGCACUUUCAAAGUAAGAGGCGCCCCAAAAUGAUCAAUAAAAUGAGAUAAUAAUACACCAUCGAUCCUCUCUAAAGAGUGUCUCAAAGACACAUCAAACCUGUGAUGAGCAGUCCCAGUCAAGUUGGCAAGAAUUGUCCAUGAGGGGUUAUAAAAGAAAAAGGUUUGAAAUCAUGUACGAAUGUACAGUCCACUCCCUCUACUUUCUAAUCAAACUUCAGAUCAUUCCACUGAAACUUAUUAAGACAUGAAGCCUGAUUGUAUUUUGCCACUGUAACAUUCUGCAGGAAAACUUCCUGCAUUUCUUUCUUGAUAAUAGCUUUCAAAAAGUCUAUGAUCAACAAUACAUUUUCUAUUAAUAAACAAAUCAAUCAAUCAAAUAAUUGAGGGUUUUUAUCAGCCAGUCUGGAUCUUCUGUAUAGUGCUUUAAGGACUGAAGUGGGUCAGGGUUGGGUUUCGGGGGGGGGCCCCCUCUUGUUUUUAUGUGGAGCCCUAAAAUAACCACACCUGGCCCUGGCCAAGCAUGGGCUCCAAUGUCUUUUAUAAUAAAUGCAGAGGUAAAACCUGUGAUAUCUUUACAUUCAGCAAGUGUCAUUAAGUAGCCCUGAACAACUCACACUCUGCUCGUUGCCCAAGUCUGAAACCAGCACUGUUAUGUAGCCUAUGAUUAUAGUAUUACAGUGUUGUCACUAUCUGUGGGAACUGCCCACAUGCCCACCAAAUGGGUUUAAAAUCACCUCCACUCCCCUAAAAUGAAUCCAGUCCAAAUGGGGCUUUAGACCCAAUAUCGCAUUCUUUUAUUCAACUUUACACUGAGUCUCAGUCGUACUCUAAGUGUGCUUAAUAUGCCAGCAUCUGAAAUAUUUAGAAUAGACUGUGGUGUUGUGCACGGGGAGACAAUAACACAAAUGUGCCAUUGUAAAAGCUACCAACUGCCUGGAUAACAGGAGAGUGCACAGCCCUCAGUGCUGAAUUACAAAGUCGGCUAUUAUGUCUUGGUGGUAAUUGAGGGUAAUUGUGUUCUCAUGCUAGCGAAAAACAAUAGAUGAACCAAUGCUGAAAUUUAAACCAGCUUUUCAAAUAUUCAUGUGCGUGUUACUAAUGAUUACCUCAAGUGUCAUGUUUGAAACAUAUUGUUGUGACUUGUGGUCUUUGUCCAUGCUGUUUCAACAUCACCACCUGGGAGAGGGGGUGAACAACUUUGCUCAAAUGCAGAAAAAAAUUACAAAAAUUAUAAAGUGGAUUUAUACAGACAGUACAAAUGGAGAUUUAAAGGUACACUUUGAAUUCAGAGGUAGCGACACCACUCUUAAGUCUGUGUUACAAAAAGAAUAAGAGCAGGAAUUAGCCUCGCUUAGCAUAAAGAUUGGAAGCAUGUGUAAAUGGUCUGGCUGUGUCCAAAACCUAAAAUCCAUUCCUUCUCAAAUAAGCCAACGCUGAAGUAACAAUAAAAAAUGGGUUCUUGAGUUUACCAACCAAAACCAAAGCAGCUGUAAUUAUUCUGUAUUGUUAGCUGAAAUUACUCCUUAACAAGGUGUAGCAGACAGGCUUAUUAAUUCUAACUUGGUGAGUUGGUGGAGAACUGUCUACAUUGAACUUUUUGAGGUGUAUAAAUGCCUUGUUUUUAAGAGAAAAAUAACUCAAAUAAAAAUACCGACAUAUGGUUCAGUGGGUAGAACGUGGUGAUAUCUAGUGGUGAAGCUGCAUGUUGCAGCUGAAUACUCCUCACCUAAGCCUAGCAGAUUAGUUGCUAUUUAUUUUACUGUGCUAUGACUGCACUGUGCAAUCACUGUUCAUAGCUAGGCUAGAUCGUUGUGCCUGCUUCCAGGUCUAUAUGCUAAGGUGUGUUAGCUAAUUGAUCCUGGUUAUUUAUAUUCAACUUUAAAACAUUGAUCGCAUCAGCUCAAUCUCGUGGCAAGAAGGCAAAUUUCCCAUUUGUUUUGCUUUAUACUAUUGGAAAGCAAAUUUGAGCAGCAAACCAUUCAGACAUGGAUUGGGUUGGCAUUGUGUGUUUAAUGCAAACCAAUCUGAAUUACAGCUGGCUACCUGAGGACCAAGUUGACCCAAAGGAUCAGAUCCCAACACCUCGGAUGUUAGAUCACAGGUAUAUCCUGAGAUCCUUGAUAUUUCCAAUUGGCACAUGUUAGAACUGUUACAACCCAGAGGAAUCCCUUUUUGGACGGCGCCUCUUUACCAAUCACCAUCUUUACCUUUUUCUGUAUUAGAUCUGUGUGUUUUGAAUCUGUGGUUUUACUGUGCUGUGAUUGGUUGUUCCUUAGUCUCAAUUCCUGUUUAUAUCUAUAUAUUUUUUCUUACAGUGACCUUUCUAUAGGGAAUCUUGAAUAUCACUCUUUGAAGGAGAAAGUGGCAAAGGAGAUGUUGCCUUAACAUGUGUACUUCAAGUUGUUUUUUAGACCUGUGUUUAUGUUUUUACUGUAAAGAACACUGAGCAUUGAUACUUUGUUUUGAUAAAUUCAGUACCAAGUCAAAAAUUAAAGAAAAACCUUCUCA